GGCAGCCACACCCGCUGAAUCGAAGUCAAAGUCAAAGCCAAAGUCAAAGCCAAAGUCGAAGUCGAUAUCGAGAUGGAUAUCACAUAUGCCGUGGAGAAUGCACACGAUGAGAAUAUAUUGAGGCAUGAUUUGCCAUUGGAGAAGGAGUUGUAUUUGUCGUUUAUGUUGUCGCUGCUCACGCUCGAGCCGCAUCCCGAUGACAGUCUCAACUGCGAUGAGGAGACUCUGCGCAUGCGACAGCAGUUGCUCAUCUACAAAGCGGAGGUGGAUGCACUCGAUCGCACUGCCGACGACUACUAUGAAAAGAAGGAGAAACUCAUCUUUAAGAUCUUUUGCGAGUUUCGCGGCCUUGUCUAUGAUCCUGAAACGCUGGAUUGCUGCUAUGAGCAGCCGGAACUUGAGAACAAUAAUUAAUUAAUUACUUCAUGGGAAACAAUUAAAUAAACGA